AUGUCAGAUGAACCGCUGAGUCUGCGCGGCCUUUUCUCCAAAGCCGAGACGGCGCGCGAACAACUUUCAUCUUCGUACGAGCCAAACAGUCCCGCCUUCCAGGAAAAGCUCAGCGCAACCAUUGCCACUUAUGAAGAAUGUCUCAAGAUCUCGGAGCAGGUGUCGCUCUUCAGCCCAAACGAGACUCUCGAGGACAUACCAUCUACUGACUUACAAUACAUGGCGAUAAACUACCACUUGGCCGAAGUCAUCCAGAAGAUUUUCAACACAGACAUUUCACUCCGAAAGCAAAACCUGCUACGGGCACGAGGUCACUAUGAGCAGUUUCUCAAGUUGCUGGAUUCCUACGACAUGCUUGGCAAGGCGGAUGCGAAGCUUCUCGAAGCCUACAACGAAGACAAGAACAACUUUUCCACAGCCAGCACGCGGGAUGCAGCAGCAAGAAGAGACGCCAAGAUUGCUCGGUUUAGAGAAGAAAAGGAACUGAAAAGGAAACUCGAGUAUCUCCGCCAGAACCCCAAGCUUGAGGAGCAAGAUGAACAGGUGGUCCGGGAUCUGCACCUGACCAACCUGGCAUUCAUGGUACACCAGACGUUUGCCUCUCUGGAGUCGAUGGCCCAGGAACUUCACAUCAUCUCGCUGGCGCCACCCGCGCCGCCACAGGGCCAGGACCAACAAGCGCCCGACGCUCGACAAGACGGCCGAGGCAAAGACGGUUACUCUGAGCGCCUAGAUGGUCAGUACGCCGGUUUGAAGUAUUCCGGGCCCAUCUUGAGCAGCGACGGCAAGCCCAUGCGACCAUUUACACUCUUGGACAGUCGCCAGAGUGUGAAGAAGGGCGUGUUCCGCCCCGACCACAACUUGCCGACCAUGACCAUCGACGAGUACCUAGAAGAGGAGAAGCGUCGCGGUGGCAUUAUUGAGGGCGGAGGACCGCAGUCGGGAAUACAGCCUGAGCCGAAUGAGGAUGACCUGGAUGCUGCCGAUGCUGAGACGAUGAAGCAACGUGCAUGGGACGAGUACGUAGAAGCCAAUCCCAAGGGCUCGGGAAACACGCUAAACAGAGGGUGA